UUGAAGCUCAUAUAUGUUGUUGCUGUUUUCCACGUCAGGCUGCCGCAAGGACUGGUAAAAUGUCUCGAGUUUACGUGGGGAAAUUAAGCUAUCGCGCCAGAGAGAAAGAUGUCGAAAGGUUUUUCAAAGGCUACGGGAAGAUAUUGGAAGUGGACCUGAAAAACGGAUAUGGUUUUGUGGAGUUCGAUGACCCCCGUGAUGCAGAUGAUGCAGUGUGUGAUCUGAAUGGCAAAGACCUCUGUGGGAAGAGAGUGAUCGUGGAGCACACCAUCGGACAGCGGCGCGAUGCUGGCAGCAGAUCUGGAAGAAGUAGUCGGUACGGUCGUGGAGGAGGAGGGGAAAGGUUCGGCCCACCCACUCGCACAGAUUACAGGCUGAUUGUGGAAAAUCUGUCCAGUCGCUGCAGCUGGCAGGACCUGAAGGACUACAUGCGUCAGGCUGGCGAGGUGACUUAUGCCGACACUAACAAGGGCCGCAAGAACGAGGGGGUGAUUGAGUUCAGGCAGUAUUCAGACAUGAAGAGAGCUCUGGAGAAACUGGACGGUACUGAGGUCAAUGGAAGGAAGAUUCGGCUGAUCGAAGACCGGCCUGGGGCCAGACGCCGUCGCUCCUACUCCCGCAGCGCCUCCAGGUCUCGCUCCAGGAGCAGGAGGUCUCGCAGGAGCCGAAGCAGCAGCCAUUCACGAGCCUCAGGCUCGCGAUCACGCAGCAGGUCAACCAGCAAGAAGACGAAGGGCAGGAGCGGUAGGAUGGAGGAGAGCAGUAAUGGAGCUCGCAGGGGAGGUGAGAGCGCCAGGGAUAAUAGCCUGAGCUGCAGCCCUCCGAGCAAAAAGAGCAAACGGGAGAACAAGAGGGCCCGCUCCUAUUCUCGAUCCAGGUCCCGAUCCCGGUCCAGAUCUCGAUCCAAAUCGGGAAACCACAGGGAUCUCUCCAAAGAGUCUGGGUCCAGAUCUCAGGAGGCGGCCAAGAGCGGCGAUGAAGGCCGUGUGGCUGAAAGGGCGCAUUGCUCUAGAGCUCAUUCUAGAUCCAGAUCACAAACGCCAGCAGAUGCUGAUCAGCGGAGGGAAUGUAGAUCCAGAUCCAAAUCCAAAUCUCGCUCACAUUCACGCUCAAGAUCUUAUUCCCGAUCUCGAUCCCGCUCAAGGUCUCGGUCCUAGGUAAAAAAAAAACUAUAUAUAUAUUUUCUUGUUUUCCAGUCUAUUUAAACAUCUUUAAAACAAGAAUAUAUCAUGAGUUAAUUUUUUUUUUAACCCCACUGACAAUUAAAUUGUUAGAUCUGUGCUAUAACCAAGAGACAAUCUGUGGUUGAGGUAAGAAAAUAAACCGAAUUCAAGAUAUAUUAUCUGAAAACAAGUCAGAAUAUGUAACUUUUUUUUGAAAAGCUAAAUGAUGUGUCUUUUGUUUUUAAUAAUUUUUUUCUUGAGAAAAACACAAAAAUAGACUUUUAAAAUUGUCUAAAUGUUCUGCCCUGCAUUUUUCUUCUUCAAAGCAAACUUAAUGUUUUUUUUUUUGUUUUUUUUGUCAGAUAGUUUAAUUAGGGAAAUUGCUUGCUUAUUCAAAGUUCAGUAUUAUCUGGUAUUGUUAACCUUAUGCAUCAUUUUUAGUAGUUUUAUUUUAAAAUUGCUUGCGAUUUAUUUGAUUCAUGACGAGUGCGUAAAAUUAAACCAACAGUAGAUGUCCUUGCCUGUGCAUCAUAUAUUUAGAAAUGUACCAGUUGUUGUUAAGCUGGGGCAGAGUUUGUGGUCUUUUUACAACAAAGUCUCCAUACAAAAUAAAAAACUGCCUCACAAUA